CCCGCCCCGGUGGAGGUGGGGAGGGCUCUGAGCGAGCGGCUGCUGCGUGCGCGAGCGAUUGAGCGAGCGAGCGAGUGGGAGACUCUGUUUUGGGUCGUAUUGCAAACAGUUGGGGAGAGUGAGCGUGGCAGGGAGCGCGGGGCUGAGCCGCCGCAGCGAGUGACCAUGGCUGUCUCCUCCGCGCCUCCCGUCAUCUCGGCAACUUCCAGCAGCGCCAGCAGCAGCGGCAGCGUGGGGGGCCCGGGGGGCUUGUUCCGGGCAGACCCCCUCUAUUCCUCCAGCCCCUCCGAGUCCCCCAGGCUCACCAACAGCCUGGUCAACAGUUUCCUGGCUUCCAGCGGCGGCGGAGCGGGCACGGGAGGCGGCGGAGGGGGUGGCAGCAACGAGUGUAAGAUGGUUGAUCUGCACGGGGUGAAGGUGGCUUCUUUCCUGGUGGAGGGGCAGGAGCUGAUCUGCCUGCCGCAGGUCUUUGAUCUCUUCCUCAAGCACCUGGUGGGGGGGCUGCACACGGUCUACACCAAGCUGAAGCGGCUGGAUAUAUCGCCCGUGGUGUGUACGGUGGAACAGGUCCGCAUCCUGCGGGGGCUGGGCGCCAUCCAGCCCGGCGUGAACCGCUGCAAGCUCAUCACCAGGAAAGACUUCGAAACUUUGUACAACGACUGCACCAACGCCAGCUCACGACCAGGAAGACCCCCCAAGCGCUCUCUGGGAGUUGCAAUACAAGAAAAUGCACGUCUUCUGCCCCAUGGAGUCCCAGGCCUGUUAUCACCAGGACUUAUCUCCCCGACAGAUUUAAGAACUUUGUUUUUUCCUGAUGAAACCCAGAUAAAGUUUGCAAAGCUCAAGACUCUUCAAAUCCAAGGUCUAACAGCAGCUGCCAUGGCUGAGGCAAUGAAGUUACAGAAGAUGAAGCUUAUGGCAAUGAACAGCCUCCAUGGAAGUGGAAGCCAAAAUGGAACAGAAUCAGAGAAUGAAGAGCUCAAUUCUAAUGCAGGUGGGAGUGAAUCCUCCUGGGAUAAAGAGAAACUUCAGUCUCCUAUUACAACAGGAUCACAGCAUGGUGUUGGUCACGCCACGCUAUCAGGGCAAUCCAGCCUUGGGAGUGCACAUCCCCUCAGUCCUCUCCAGCAAAAUCACCUGCUCACCAACAGGAUAGAUCUGCCAUUUAUGAUGAUGCCCCAUCCUCUCCUCCCAGUCAGCCUACCUCCUGCUUCAGUUGCAAUGGCAAUGAAUCAGAUGAACCACCUCAAUACUAUCGCCAACAUGGCUGCUGCAGCCCAGAUGCAUAGUCCUCUUUCCAGAGCAGGGGCCUCUGUUAUUAAGGAGAGGAUUCAAGACAGCCCUUCCCCUGCUCCAUCUCUGGAAGAUAGUCAGAGGCCUGGGAGUCAUGCUUCUUCGCAUCAGAGCAGUAGUGUGUCCAGCUCUCCAUCCCAACUUGACAACACACCAGAUAGAAUUGCUAUGCUGACCAAUGCCAGAGAAGGAGAACUCAUUGAUCAAGAUACUGGGACCAAUCUAAAAAAACUCCAAAAGGAGAAAGAAGAGGUCCAAAUUGCUAUUCCAAUAAUGAAACCAACCUUAGAUAAAGUCCAACUGGCUGGACAGACCUUGCCUCCUGGAUUUCCUGCACCAUUUCUUUUUGCUGAUGGUUUAUCAUCAGUAGAAACUCUAUUAACCAACAUUCAGGGUCUACUGAAAGUAGCAGUGGACAAUGCACGAGUCCAGGAAAAACAGAUACAGCAGGAAAAGAAAGAGUUAAAGAUGGAGCUUUGUAGAGAGAGAGAACUGAGAGAGAGCUUAGAAAGGCAACUUACAGCUGAGCUGCAAAGCAGAGCAACAAUUCAAAAGCGCUUGAAGAAAGAGAAAAAAGCAAAGAGAAAAUUGCAGGAAGCCCUGGAGUUUGAAUCAAAGAGGAGAGAACAAGUGGAACAGGCACUUAAACAGGCCACGUCGGGUGAUGGUCUCAGGAUGUUAAAUGAAGCUGGAAUCCCAGACAUGGAAAUAGAACACAAUGGAACUCAACAUGACAGUGCAGCAAUGCAAGAAAACAGAACAUAUGUCAAACCUACUAUUAUGUACUGAAGGAAGCUAUUGUUGAAAAAUAUAUAAUGAUCACUAUUUGAAGACUGUAUAGUACAUGAAAGACAUCCCUUCCAACCUUUGAUGCCUUCAGUACUGUGUGAAGGAUUUGUAGCAUGAAACUUGAAGGACAAUUUCAAGCAAUUUACUGUUGCUGCAUCGAAAACUGCCGUAUUGUCAUUAAGAUAUACCGAGACUUUUUACAAGCUUACCAUACCAAACCAAGCCUGUUGCAACCGAUCAUUUUUAGGUCCCAGAAGAUAGAACGAAGUUGUAGUAUUUUUAAGCACAUAAAGGAAUUAUUCCCCAAAAGAACUAACUUUUUUUUUAAAGGAGGUAGUGAUUACUGUAUAGCAAUGGCACAAUGAUUUUAUUAAGCCGCAAAUGUCCUCACUGGCUGUACAUCAUACAAGUCCAGUUUAUCACUGAAACUGUUCAACAUAGAGCUGUUUCAAUUGUGUUUAUAAAUUAAGCUUUGUUUACUGAAGCUGAUACUCAGUAUAUUACGUUUUAAAGAAAAAUGUGUGUACAUUUUUUAAAACAAUGAUGUAAAAAUUGUCCUUUCAUUAGAUGACCAAUUCAAGAGUGUGAGCUAAACCCUAAUAGCUGACGUAAUAUGAGGAUUAUAAUUGAUGCUUUUUUAUGCUCAGUUCAGCUUGGCUUUUGGUCUUUUAAGAUAAAAAAUGAAUAUGCAGUAGAAUGUUAGAUAAUGGAAACUUUUAAGUAUGGUUUCUCUGUUGUACCAUAUUAAGUUAAAGUACACAUUCUUUGUUAAAAUGUUCUUGCUAAGAAUACAGUAUUAAAAACUUUUUGUUUGACUUUGGAAAUCUUUUUUUUGUUUUUUUGGACAUGGAUUCCCACAGUUUUUAUCUUAAUUCAAAACUGAUAUUUUGCACGGAUACAUAUUUUGAUAAAGGAAUUAAUAAAGAGUGGGGGUUGGUAUCAAGCAUUUUUCUUAAUUAUUAUACGUCACAGAUUCCACACCUAUUUGAAAACUUACCUGAGUCAUUCCUUUGCUCAAACAGGUAAUUGAAAGAUGCAUUGGUUAGGUGGAACCAAUCAGUUUAGUUUCUACUCCCUCAUUCACAGAUGUUUUAUGCAAUUAUUAGAUAAAUACCAGUGAUAUACGAUUUUUCAAAGGAACAAGAUAAGCAUUGGCUAUGAAUAAUGUAUUGGUUGCAUUCUGCACUACCAACAUGGGAAGCCUCAGUUUCUAUGCCCCCUCUGGUCUUUGCUCCCAUGUUGAAAGCACUGUGGAGGCAGGAUGCUGCUCAGCCUUUGCUAUGCAGAGAGAUUCCUCUGCUGUUAGUAAUUCAACAGAAGCCACUUCAACUGAUUAUGUAAUAGUGUUGAUGGAUUUUGAAUGGAAUUGCACUGAAGAUUCUGGCCCCAAUCCUCAGCUGAUAAAAAUCAGCAUAGGUCCACGGAUGUCAGUGCAACUAAGCUGAUUUAUGGCAGCUCAGGAUUUGGGCCUCUGACCCUAAUUCAUCACUGGCACAGCAGGCAUAAGUCUACUGAGUUACACUAGUGGUGAAUUUGCCUGCUGAUCAAAAUCUACGUCGCCAUUUCUUUGCACUGGUCCUUGUUCAGGAGUAUUAGAAUAGGGGAUCUGUGAUUCUUUAUCAUGAACACGAAGAAUUGCAACUAUUCCACAGAACAUGGAGUGAAAAACUAAAGUACAAAAUGCUGUGCAUCCCAAUUGCCAGAAAAGAAUAAAAUAAGGAACAAAGUGCACACAAUAUAUAUUUCUCACUUAGUUCGACUGAUUAAAUGUCAGAGCCUACUUCCUUUACUCACAUGAGUUCAGUGGCACUACUACCCUUACACACAUGCAUGCGCAUGCACACACACACACAAUUAAAUGGGACUAGUAUCAAAGCAGGGUAUGAUUAGAAAUAGAUCAUUUCAGAAAAACAAAGCAGCUUCCUCUUUCUUAAAUACAGGCAUGAUGACAUAGUUCUGGUGUGGGGGCCAAAUGCAAGGUGGAGUGUCUUCUAGUACAGUGAAGUCAGGUGUUGCAAGUGAGGGCUGAAUUUGGACCUCAGUAUAUGAAUAUGCAUUUAACAAGUCAAAAUUAGCUAGACAGAAGCAUAUAAAAUUGAAGUUAAAAGUCCCUUAAAUUGUUUUAAACUGUAGAUAUUUCAUAUAUUUUAUGGAAGUAAUAUCUGUGCUCUGCAUCCAAAGAUGAUUAAAGGGCUUUCAGUUGUGUUAACUGUACAAAAAGUGAUGGUACUGCAGGUGCCCAGCAUUUCAGCACAUGUAAACUAGGAAAUAACUGCAGUCUCAUACUGACAUAUGUAAUUGUUGGAAAAUGUUGGCUUUUUCAAUGGCAAUCACUGUAUUGGUUCUCAUGUACCCUAAUAUGCCUGAAUAAUCGUAUGACGUGAUCCUUUUAAUGUGCUGAAAAAAAUUAAACUGGC